AUGUACAACACCGGAAAAUUCUUGGCCAUUUUAUUUGUUGUCGUCAUUGCCAUUAACGACGUGGCUGGAACGGUCAGAAACCAAAAGCCUGGUGCAAGGGAAGCAAAAAUGGAUAGGGCAGAAGCGUCCGGGAGGUCUGACAUGUCCUCAAACGUAGUUGAGGCUCAAGUCGUCGCCGCCGAGGGUAGAGAUGAUGGCGACAAUUCAGACGUUAUCUUUGGUGUCGAAAAAAGUGGCGUUUAA